UACAAGCCUGGGCCAGGGAGGGGGGCCGCUCCAGCCCCCCUGGCAGGGGCAUUGGAAGGGCAGGUGGAGCGGGUAGCAUUGAUUGCAGUAACCUGAUCCCUCGGGGAGGCGGCAGCGACAGCGGCAUUGGGCAUCGGCAUCGCAGGGGAGGAAGCUGCCUGCAGCUGAGGGCUGGGCCUGGAAGAGCUGGGCUGGGGCCUGGGUCUGCGGGCCGCUGUCUCGUCUCCCGGCCCAUGUAUUUUUAAUGAGCUCUCCAGGCUUCUGCAGCGGGCAGCAUGCGGAAAGGCAGGCCCAGGCCUGUGGCCCCAGCCCUGCCCUCAGCCCUGGCCCCCCAACCCUUCUGGGCAUGAGAGGGCGGUCCUGGGGCCCCGAAGCCCCCUGGCCGGGCAGGGCUCUCCAUGCAGCUCUUCCUGAAGAUGGAUUCAAGCCCAGACAAUGACAGCUGGUUGGAGGAUCAGUGGGAGCACUGGCUCACCCAUGAUAUCAGCCUGGAGGAGUUUGAGGAUGAAGACCUCUCCGAGAUCACCGAUGAGUGCGGCAUCAGUCUGCAGUGCAAAGACGCCCUGUCCUUACGGCCCCCGCGUGCCGGGCUGCUGUCGGGGGGCGGCGGCUGCGCGGGGAGCCGGCUGCAGGCCGAGAUGCUGCAGAUGGACCUGAUCGACGCGGCGGGGGACACUCCCGGCGCCGAGGACGACGAGGAGGAGGACGAGGAGGAGCGCGCGGCGCGGCGUCCGGGAGCGGGGCCGCCCGAAGCCGAGCCUCGCCAGGAGCCGGCGCCCCGCGGCCAGGGCCAGGGCCAGGGCCAGGGCCAGGGCGGCGGGGACACGUACCGACCCAAGCGGCCCACCACGCUCAACCUCUUCCCGCAGGUGCCGCGGUCUCAGGACACGCUGAAUAAUAAUUCUCUGGGCAAGAAGCACAGUUGGCAGGAUCGGGUGUCUCGAUCAUCCUCACCCCUGAAGACAGGGGAGCAGACGCCUACACACGAACACAUCUGCCUGAGCGAUGAGCUGCCACCCCAGAGCAGCCCCGCCCCCACCACAGACCGAGGCACCUCCACCGACAGCCCCUGCCGCCGCAGUGCUGCCACCCAGAUGGCGCCUCCCAGUGUCCCUCAGGCUGCCCCACCCGGUGGCCGGGGCCACUCGCAUCGAGACCGCAUCCACUACCAGGCAGACGUGAGGCUGGAGGCCACUGAGGAGAUCUACCUGACACCGGUGCAGAGGCCCCCCGACCCUGCAGAGCCCACCUCUGCCUUCUUGCCGCCGGCUGAGAGCCGGAUGUCGGUCAGCUCCGAUCCAGACCCCGCUGCCUACCCCUCAACAGCGGGGCGGCCGCACCCCUCCAUCAGCGAGGAGGACGAGGGCUUCGACUGCUUGUCCUCCCCGGAGCGGGCUGAGCCACUGGGCGGAGGGUGGCGGGGGAGCCUGGGGGAGCCGCCGCCGCCCCCACGGGCCUCCCUGAGCUCGGACACCAGCGCGCUGUCCUACGACUCGGUCAAGUACACGCUGGUGGUGGACGAGCACGCACAGCUGGAGCUGGUGAGCCUGCGGCCGUGCUUCGGAGACUACAGCGACGAGAGCGACUCGGCCACUGUCUACGACAACUGCGCCUCUGCCUCCUCGCCCUACGAGUCGGCCAUCGGGGAGGAGUAUGAGGAGGCGCCGCGGCCGAGGCCCUCUGCCUGCCUCUCGGAGGACUCCACACCCGACGAGCCCGACGUCCACUUCUCCAAGAAGUUCCUCAACGUCUUCAUGAGCGGCCGCUCUCGCUCCUCCAGUGCGGAGUCCUUUGGGCUCUUCUCUUGUGUCAUCAACGGGGAGGAGCAGGAGCAGACCCAUCGGGCCAUCUUCAGGUUUGUGCCUCGCCAUGAAGAUGAACUUGAGCUGGAAGUGGACGACCCCCUGCUGGUGGAGCUCCAGGCCGAGGACUACUGGUAUGAGGCCUACAACAUGCGCACAGGGGCCCGGGGCAUCUUUCCCGCCUACUACGCCAUCGAGGUCACCAAGGAGCCUGAACAGAUGGCAGCCCUGACCAAAAACAGCGACUGGGUGGACCAGUUUCGGGUGAAGUUCCUGGGCUCCGUCCAGGUUCCCUACCACAAGGGCAAUGACGUCCUCUGUGCCGCUAUGCAAAAGAUCGCCACCACCCGCCGGCUCACCGUGCACUUUAACCCGCCCUCCAGCUGCGUCCUAGAGAUCAGCGUGAGGGGCGUGAAGAUCGGCGUCAAGGCUGAUGACUCCCAGGAGGCCAAGGGGAAUAAAUGUAGCCACUUUUUCCAGUUAAAAAACAUCUCUUUCUGUGGAUACCAUCCAAAGAACAACAAGUACUUUGGGUUUAUCACUAAGCACCCCGCUGACCACCGGUUUGCCUGCCAUGUCUUUGUGUCUGAAGAAUCCACCAAAGUCUUGGCGGAAUCUGUGGGGAGGGCGUUCCAGCAGUUCUACAAGCAGUUUGUGGAGUACACGUGCCCCACGGAAGACAUCUACCUGGAGUAGCAGCGCUGCCUGCCCUCUGCAUCCCUGGGGCCUCAGGCCAGUGCCAGGACAGCUGGCUGCUGACAGGACGUGGCACUGCUGGAGGAGGGGCACCCGCCGCCACCAGAGGGUGGGGGAGUGGAGGCCAUCGGCCGAGGGUGGGAGGGUGGGGGUUACGGGGAGAGGCAAAUGCAGUUUAUUGUAAUAUAAGGGGUUAGAUUUAUCUAUGGAGGACAGAGCUGGCUGCCCGGGGAUUGGGUGGGGGCAGGGCUGGUCAGGCCUGUGGCCAGGAAGGAUGUACAACCAUGAGCAGAGGGUUCUGUCCCAUCCUGGGCCACGCUUCCCCUGCCAGGGCCUCUGGCUCUCUUCUGCCUUGAUGAAGCCCAUGCCACCUGCAAGUGCCCACCCUGCCCCCAACUCCCAACCCCAACCAAAGGCCCUGAGCUCAGGCUGAGACCGGCACCUCCUAAGGACUUUCCGGUAAGGAAACGGCAGCGGGUGGAGGUGCAUCCCUGUCCCCAGCUCUGUCACUUGUGUGGCCUCUGGCUGGCUCCACCUCCAACCCCGCUGGCAUGCUGGCCCCCGCGGUUGUGGGGCCCCUCAAGGAAGGAGAGACCCACAGCAGGGCCCCACCCUGGCAGGAAAAGGCGGCUUCCCCCUGGCUCGGGCCAGCCCGGCCUCUUGGCUGCUUUGGCUGUAGCCCCAUCUUGGUCCUGUCACCCUGGCCACAACUAUUAAAGUGCCAUUUCCUGUCUGGA